AUGCUGUCUCCCACCGCAUUCAUCGGCGGUCGUCCUGACCCUUCCCCCUCCGCCCCCGCAGCUCCUGAGCGGCCAGCUGUGCUUGAGCACGAGACAGACCCUCACCGCCUGGCCCAGCGGCAGAAGCAGGUGGACUUUGGGAAGAACACCCUUGGCUACCAGCGGUACAGGGAGGCAAUCCCCAGGUCUCAGCGCCGGCGUAACAAGGACCCCAGCACCCCCGACGUGCACAAGGCCUGCAGCAAGAGGGCCUUUGACGGCCAGAUCAAGAAGUGGCGGCGCCAGCUGCACGAGUGGGACCCGCCGACGCAGGAGGCUGGGGCGGCGGACGACGUGGCUCUGGCCACUGGCGCCGUCAUGUCCUUGGAGGCCGCCGGUCCGGCGGGGCGCGAGGAGCCCGCCCCCGGCGGUGACGCGGUAAGGGCUUCGGCGCAGGGAGGCGCUGCAUGCGCAUGGUGCGCGGGAUCGUGCACCUGCACCCCGGUUUCCCACGCUCCUCACGCCCUGCGCCGAGUCCCUGCAGGAUGGCCAGGUCAUCCCCGGGUCAAAAAAAGGACGGGAGCUGCGUGGGAGCGGGAGGCUCCUCCCCCGUCUCUUCGGACGCAGCGGGACGAACAAGAGGCGGCCCGACCUGGGGAGCCAGGAGGGGGCUGGCGGGCAGCCAGACCCCCGGGCGACAAAGCGAGGGUGGUUCACCGCCACCAGGGCGCCAAGAGAAGCCGUGCAGGCUGA